GUCACAAUCCCGGCGCCGUGGAACCCGCCCUUAGCAACCGGCCUUGCGACAGUCUCCAUCCGCUGCCGCCCCCUCGCCGGCCCCUUGUUGCCAAACCUCUGCUGCGGGGGCUGGCCGGGCACGGGGAAGGACCGAAGGGGACCCGGCUGUACCCACGGCGGCUGCAAGAGGUCUAAGCAUGGAUGGCAGCCGAAGAGUCAGAGCAACUUCAGUCCUUCCCAGAUACGGUCCACCGUGCCUAUUUAAAGGACACUUGAGCACCAAAAGUAAUGCUUUUUGCACUGACUCCUCCUCUCUCAGACUAAGUACCCUCCACCUGGUCAAGAAUCACAUGGCUGUUCACUAUAAUAAAAUCCUUUCAGCCAAAGCUGCAGUAGACUGCUCAGUUCCACUAAGCAUGAGUGCCAGCAUCAAAUAUGCAGACCAACAACGAAGAGAGAAGCUCAAAAAGGAAUUAGCACGAUGUGAAAGGGAAUUGAAAUUCACUAAAACUGCAGGGCAGGCCAAUUCUAAAAGUAAUUCCAAGUCAUUGUUUACCACUCUACAAAAGCCUUCAGGAGAACCACAAGAUGAAGAUGAUGUGUUAAUUGAAGAAGUGAAUGGAUUUCCGUCCUUUACAAGGUCACCGGUAACAUCUUCAGAGAGACUACACCCAGGUCUACCUAAAUCUGAGAAAGUCCUCACAAACGGUACUGAGAACAACUCCAGUUCCCCACUGUCUAGCAUGGACUACGCUGCCUCUGGGCCCAGGAAGUCAUACUCUGGAACCUCCUGCAGCAGAAGGCCCAGGGGCGCAUUCCCAAAUUCCCACCGGUUUCAGUUAGUUAUUUCAAAAGCACCCAGUGGGGACCUUUUGGAUAAACAUUCUGAACUCUUUUCUAACAGACAUUUGCCGUUUACCCCACGCACUUUAAAAUCAGAAGCAAAAUCUUUUCUAUCACAGUAUCGAUAUUAUACACCUGCCAAAAGAAAAAAGGAUUUUACAAAUCAGCGGAUAGAAGCUGAAACCCAAACUGAUUUAAGCAGCUUUAAAUCUGAUUUUGAAACCAAUGAGAUUAAGAACUUCACAGAUUCAGAAAUGAACAUAAAGCAGGGGCGCGAACUGCCCUGGGACGAGACUAAAGAUGGCGCUCUUCAGUGUUCCUCAGCAAGUGAAGAAGAACUGUUGUAUCUGAGUUUCAUUGAAGAUGUCACAGAUGAAAUUUUGAAACUUGGUUUAUUUUCAAACAGGUUUUUAGAACGACUGUUUGAGAGACACAUAAAACAAAAUAAACAUCAUCUGGAGGAGGAAAAAAUGCGCCACUUGUUGCAUAUCCUAAAGGUGGACUUAGGCUGCAUAUCCAAGGAGAACUCAGUAAAGCUAGAUGAUGUCAGUAUGUUGCAUUUACCUGAUUUUGAAAAGGCUGAGGAUUCAGACCAAAAUGAAUAUAAAAAUGAACAAGAUUUAGCCAUUCGACAGGAACGUCAACAAUACCGCAAAGCUUUGGAUAUGUUGUUGUCUGUGCCAAAGGACGAAAACGAGGUAGUCUCUUCACCAAAUGAAUUUUUCCUGCCCAUCUACAAAUCAAAGUAUUCAGAAGGAGUUAUAAUUCAACAGGUGAAUGAUGAAACAAAUCUUGGAACUUCAAUUUGGGAUGAAAAAAAUGCAGGUAUGUUAGACAGUGUACUAGACCAGGAAACCUCUGUGAAUGUCAUCGAAGGUGACAGUGACACUGAAAAGGUUGAGACUUCAAAUGAAUUAUGUUGUCUUAGCACAGCACUCUCUCCAUCUGUUCAGUUAUGCAGUAUCAGUGGUGAUAAUCAGAACACUGAAGGACCAACUCUUAAAAUCAUGGAAAUGAGCAUUGAGGACUGAUCUUUGGAUGUUUGACUAAUAAAUAUCCCAAAUGGCCAGUAGUUCAAUAUUCCUUUUACUCUUUUUUUUUUUUACUUUUAUAUAUUAAGAUUUCUGUAUUUGUUUUCUAUACUGUCUAAUAAAUUACUAUAAAUUUAGCAGCUUAAAACAACACAUACGUAUUUAUCUCAGUUUCUGCGGGUCAAGAGUCUAAGCACAGCUUAGACUGGUCUUCUGCUCUUGGUCUCUCACAGGCCUGCAACCCCAGUGCUGGGGCCGUGGUCUCAUCUGGAGCCUGACUUGGAGUAGAUUCUGCUUCCAGGCUCUUUGCAGGUUGUUGGCAGAAUUUCUCUCCUUGUAGUCAGAGAUUUGAGGGCUUUAGUUUCCUGGCUGCCCUCAGCAACUCCAGGCUGCCCACCAUUCCCUGCCACUUGUCCCUGUCCAUAGACAGCUAACAGCACGUCAAACAGAAAAAUGAGAGAGAUUCUGCUAGCAAGAAGGAGUCUCAUAAAACAACAUAAUCAUACUGUGAACACAGGAUUGACUUCCAUCACCUUUGCCAUAUUCUUUUAGUUAAAAGCAAGUGACAGGUCCUGCCCACACUUAAAAGGUAGGACACAAGGGUGUGAAUGCUAGAAAGUAAGAAUCACUCGGGCCUCCUUAGGAUCUGUCGGCCACAAUUUCUGAAAUUGCUCAUUAGGGGAACAUAUUUUACGUAGACCUAAGUGAUUCUGUAAGCAAUGGGAAAUGGUCUAUCAUCUGGAGUGAAUCUUGAAACAUUAAGCCUGUCUAUAGAUCUUUAAUUCUUUCUUCUCACUUUCCUGCAGUAUCUAAAGCCUCACAACCAGUGAGCUAGGAUGACCUGUCAGCUCUCUGAAAAAUCAUCCCUUCUUGUGAGGGUAAACGUUCUACCAGACUUAGUCUGCUACCCUCCCCUGGCCCUUGCAGUGCAUGAACGGGAUCCUUACCACUCAGAUAUGUCUCAGAAGACUCAUCUCUGCUUAUCCUUUCAGCUAUUCACAAUAAUGUAACUAAAUAUUUGAGAUCCGGUCUUACAGUUUCAUGUUUAGGCACCAUGGAGAGUAAAAGAUUGAACAGAAUAAUGAUGGUAACCCAAACGGUAUUCCUGCAGCAUAUGGAGUUUCCCAGGUCAGGGACUGAAUCCGAGCCACGGCUGCAACAUGCACCACAGCUGCAGCAAUGCCAGAUCCUUAACCCACUGAGCCAGGCCGGAGAUCGAACCUGCACCUCCACAGCAACCCAAGAAGCUGCAGUCGGAUCCUUAACCCUCUCUGUGCCACAGCAGGAACUCCUCCAAGUAUCCCUUUUUUUUUUCCUUUUUAUGGCCACACCUGUGGCAUAUGCAGUUUCCUGAGCUAAGGGUUGAAUUAGAGCUGCAGCUGCCAGCCUGUGCCACAGCCACAGCAAUACCAGAGCUGAGCCACACCUACGAACUACACUGCAGCCUGUGACAACGCCCUAUCCUUAACCCACUGAGCAAGGCCAGGGAUCAAACCAGCAUUCUCACAGACACUGUAUCAGGUUCUUAACCUGCUGAGCCACAAGGGGAACUACGUAAGUAUCCCAUUCUUUAACUCAGGCUUUUAUCAUGCUUUGCCCACAUAAAAGUUUCCCCGCAGGUAGUAAUGUCACUGACAGACUUAGAGGUGAUUUCUGGUGGUAGAAAGAUGACAGGUUCAACUUACUCAUGGGAAGCUGACCAUCACCGCUGUGUUCAGGAUUCAGGGAAAACCUGCAAAGAAUCAGAUGGUAGGGCUGGGUACCCAGUCCACUUCAUACCCAAUGUCGUAUGCCCCAAGUGAUCCCGCUGCAGCCUUUCCUGAAUUCCACCUACCCUCAGCUCUCACCUCUGGGAGUUUUACCUUACUCCCUAAACACCUCCCUUCCCUAUCCUGUAACCCUCUUCAACUGCCUAAAAUAUCCUAACAUUAUUCUUGGCCCCCAGCCUAGGUCUCCCCAUCAGUCAUCCUUCACCCUUCUAUUUAUUUGCUUCUUGGACUCCAUUCUUCUUUUAGCACCCGGGGCUCCUUUCUUCAGUCUCACCCUCACUCUUGCACAAACCCCUCACCCCAUUAUCCAUGUAAGUACCCCAGACUCACUGCCCUGGUUCACAUUUUCCGCCUCUUGCAGAAGCUGCCAUCUUGCUUAAGGCCUUCUCAGUGACCACCUUUGUGCUGCUGCUCCAGCCCCUGGGCCCAGAUCUAGACCACUUCUACCUGCCCUGCUUUGGCAUGUCCAGUCUGCUCUACCCUCCAGCUCUGGGUACAGCUUUUUGUCUCUGGGGCCAUGACCCCAUCCUAACAUACACCUGUUGGGGUAUUUUGUUAUCCUCAGGUUUCCCUGUAAAAUUUAAACAGAGGAAUGAUUUAAAGAAAUAGUAAAUAUGACUUAAUGUUAUUUAAUAUUACUUAAUGUUAUUUAAUAUUAAAUAAUGUUCUUGGAUAGCAAAAGUUGUAUAAAGGAGGAAGUGAAUGCUAAGUUUGGGAAACUGGCUUAGACUCGAAGCAGCAUGUUAAUUUAUGUCUUUCCUUCUCCUUCCUCCCACAGCCCAUUCUCAACUCUGAUUUGUAGAGUCAUGAUGAGUGAGCCUUUUGAGCCAAAUUGCUAGGGUUUGAGCCUUAUGAGCUGCGACUUGAAGCUGGUUACUGUGCCUCCUUGUGCUUUCUCAUUUAUUGAAUGGGAGUAGUUACAGAGCCUUCAUAGCAGGGCUGUAAGAAAUUAAAUAGGCUGUAUGAAAAAGACAGGCUGCUAUUUUAAAAACAGACCAUGUCACUCCCUUCUUUAAAAAAAAAAAAAAAUUAACACUUUUGAGAGUUUCCUCUUGCUAACAAGAAAAAAAUUCAGGCCCCUUUGCAUUUUUUAUAAAGUCAUGUUUUCCUUCCCAGUUCACCUCUUGCCAUGCUCUCCCAAGCAUCCUAAGUGUCUUUAUCGUAUCUAAUUGCUUGUUCCCUAAACAUUCAGAAGUCCAUCCUUUCUAUGCUUUUGCACUUACUAUCCGUCUGCUCCAAAUAUCAUCUCCCCUCUGCCGACCUGUUGAAUGAAACACUGAAACCUGGAGUGAUUGUCCCAAUGUAUGUCCCACCAGUUCUGGGGGAGAUCUCAUAUAUCUACCAUGUGAAUUACAAUAUUGUUUGUGAACCAGCUGAUCUCUUGUCAAGGUUAUGGGCUUCUCAAGAGAAAGGGCUUGUUUCUCUUUGGAUCCCCAGGUCAUUGCUUGAGAUAGUUUAACCUGGGCAAGACAAAUCCAGACAAAAUUUAGUGAAAACAGGACAGAUAUUUCCUCCUCUCUUUACGCUCAAAGUGCAAAUUCCCCAUAUAGAAAGGGCAAGGUAGCAAACUGCUAAAUUUAAUGGCACUUUCCUCACUUGCUCACAUUUCAAAUGGUUUAAAAUAUAAAUUAGCAUCUUCCUUAGAAGCCUUAAAUACUCAACAUUUUUCCCAGCGAAGCCAGUCAGAAAAGAUCAGAGAAGCUUUUUUGAGGCAAGAUGACAGUUUGCCAAGUGGAUUAAUUAGCUGUGUGGUCACCGAUGAAUUGAUUUAUCCUGUGCCUUUGUUUAAAAGAGUUUGGAUUAGAUGAUCCAAAGACUUUUCCUAAUUUUAAUAUGCCAAAGUUAGUCUUAGCUUAGUUCUUUAGAAAUUAUAAAUGAAAUAAUUUACAUCUAUAAAUGGAAACCCCUCUUCACCCUCCAUGUGCUAAGUAUAGCCCUGGAAAGCAAUCUGCUAAAUUGAUUCACAUUUUAGUGAUAAAAGAUGCCACCUAGAAAGUUACUUUCCCCAGAUCUUUUAAAAGGAGCAGAUGUAGCCAAUAAUGGCAUAUCCCAAAAGAACAAAUCCAUAUGUUUAAUUCCAAGGCUAGGAAGAAGAUGCUUUUUUGAAUUGGGUAAAGAAAGUUUUGCUCAAAAGCCAACCUUAUUGUCUUGAGAAGUGUCCUGCAUUAACAUUCAAGUUUUAAAGCAAAAACCCCAACCAGUCCUGGAUGCGAGGGUUCCAUGCUCACCUUCCAAGUUCUUAAAACAAGUGAGUCGAGAUAGGCCAAGAUGGUGGAGUAGAAAGAUCCUGAGCUCACCUUCUCUCAUGGGCACACCAAAAUUACAACUAUUUACAGAACAAUCAUGAAAAAUACCAGCACCUACAAGAAACAAUCCUCUACAACUAAAGAUAUAAAGAGGUGAGUAGGAAGGGCAGAGUUGUGAUACAGUCAAGUUCCAUACCCCUGGGCAGGCAACCCACAAAUGGGAGAAUAAUUACAAUUGCAGCGUUUCCCCUCAAAGAGCAAGGGGUCUGAGCUCCACAUCAGGCUUCCCCGUUGCUGCAUCGGGAAGAUGGGUCCCCCGAACAUUUGCCUUCAUUGGGGCUUCUUUCGGGAAUCCUAGAGGGAUAGGGGAAACAGAGGCCCCUCUCUUAAAAUCAUAAAGACCAGAGCAGACAUAAAUGAAAUAGAGACUAAAAAAAAUGACAGAAAAGAUCAAUGAAACUAAAAG